CGGCACCAGGCCGCUCUGGCCCAGCGUGGGGGUUCCGUCUGCCUCUGCGGCUGCCCGGUCCCCUCCGCCCGGCGUCGCCACCGGGAGGUGCUGCCGCUGUCGCUGCUGCUCGUCUGAGUCGCAGGCAUUUGCUAUCCGCAAAUCAGAACAAUGUCCUACGUUUUUGUAAAUGAUUCUUCGCAGACUAAUGUGCCGUUGCUACAAGCCUGUAUUGAUGGAGACUUUAACUAUUCCAAGCGGCUUUUGGAAAGUGGCUUUGACCCAAAUAUUCGUGACAGCAGGGGCAGAACAGGCCUACACCUGGCAGCAGCUCGCGGGAAUGUAGACAUCUGCCAGUUACUGCAUAAAUUUGGUGCUGAUCUUCUGGCCACAGAUUAUCAAGGAAACACAGCUCUUCACCUUUGUGGCCAUGUGGACACCAUUCAAUUCUUAGUUUCCAAUGGACUAAAAAUUGACAUUUGCAAUCAUCAAGGUGCUACUCCCUUAGUUCUAGCAAAACGCAGGGGAGUGAAUAAAGAUGUUAUCCGAUUGCUGGAAUCUUUGGAAGAACAGGAGGUAAAAGGAUUUAACAGAGGAACCCACUCGAAACUGGAGACCAUGCAGACAGCUGAGAGUGAAAGUGCCAUGGAAAGCCACUCUCUCCUCAAUCCCAAUCUACAGCAAGGCGAAGGAGUCCUUUCCAGCUUUCGAACCACAUGGCAGGAGUUUGUAGAGGAUCUGGGCUUCUGGAGGGUCUUGCUUCUGAUCUUUGUCAUCGCUUUGCUGUCUCUUGGCAUUGCCUACUAUGUGAGUGGGGUGCUGCCCUUCGUGGAAAACCAGCCUGAAUUGGUGCAUUGAAGGGGCUAUGGAAGAUGAGGCAAAUGCUCUUUCCUGGCUUUGUAUUUGUUCUCAGCUUCCCAAAACUCUUCUUAGUGCAAGGCAGUGAGGGCUGUACAUUUUUCUUUUUGCAUUUUUACCUAUCAUAAUCCUUUUACAUAAUGACAUGUUUAUUUGAACUAACUACACACUACAAUCAAGUAAACUGCAUCCUAACGCUACCUCUGACUCAACCUGACUUCUUAGGAAAACCUAUACCUAACCUUGUUUGACAAAAGAAAUGGAAAUGAUUAGAAAAUGGGGGAUAAAGGAAGGGGCUAGGAAGUCCUUGCUCUCAAAACCAUACUCUAAUAUAGGACCAACUGAAGCAU